GGAGGAGUACCGAGUCAUUUAAUGACUUCGAGGAAAAUCGCCAUUUCCUCGUCAGUGGUUUUAUGCACUGCUGCAAAGUCACAGCAAACGUCGAGUAUGCUCCGAAUUCUAAUCAUCUUCUCGUUACUGUUCCUGGAUUUUGGAUCAGUGUUGGCUACAUACACUCCACCACAGGCCAGAGUGGAACCUCUAUAUCCAAAAGGCAUUAGAAUAUCGAUCCCAGAUGAACAAGGAAUAACGUUAGUCGCCUUCCACGUUCGAAUAAACGAAGAAUUCGAAGGGCUGGAAGCUGGAACAAUCGCUGUAGAUGUGUUAAGAGUCCGAAACGGUCGUUGGAAAUAUGAAGAUCGUACAACUAAAUUAAAGUACGGAGAUAAAGUAUAUUAUUGGGUGCACGUUGUGUACGAAGGCCUCGGUUACAAUCUCCUGUUUCAAGAGCACGAGGUCACUGAUUUCUACGAUGUCAACGGUAACAGAGUUAAUCUCAAUGGUGAGCCGGUAUAUCCAGGAGCGGACAAUCCCAAUUGUCAAAUUUCAACGUCCGUUGUGGUGGAUCUGUCAACGGGCCGGCGAAAUGCAGCUUGCGCUGGGGAACCGCUCUUUGAGGAUGAAUUCGUCGACUUUGAUCCCAGAAAAUGGAAUACUAUUGAACAAUUCUCACGCGCUCCUGAUUAUCCGUUUGUUAUUUAUCGAAAUGAUCAGAGGAAUGUAAAGGUUGCGGAUGGAAAACUUCAUUUGACACCGACACUAAUGGAGACUGAGUAUGGAAAGGAUUUCAUUCAACAUGGAACUUUGACGCUUCCAAAAUGCACAGGCAAAUUAAACACGCAGGAUUGCACCCGCACCGCUCGUGGCAGCUACAUAUUGCCACCAGUAGCAUCUGGAGCCGUGAAUACCAAGAAUUCGUUCGCCUUCAUGUACGGAAGAAUCGACGUUCGCGCAAAAUUGCCAAAAGGGGACUGGAUAUACCCAGUUAUCGUGUUGGAGCCCUGGGAUAAUGAUCCAAACUCAAUGGAGACGACGCAGCAGUUGAGAGUCGUUGAAUCCGCGGGUAACGAGCAGCUGCAGGCUGGUGGAGGCACCGAUAUCAGUGGACAUAUCAUCUGCGGUGGACCGAUCUCAAGGUUGACCGCAGCCAGUACUGGGCCCGCCCAGCGGGCGAGAAGAUACUCCCCGGAACUCUGGUCCGACUCGUUCCAUACGUAUACGCUGGAGUGGCGGAAAGAUAAAAUUUCGGUCAAGGUGGAUGAUGUCGAGUAUGGAAGUGCUGCGGUUGGUUCCAACUUUGAUAAACCGUUUUAUAUAACCCUCGGGGUCGGUGUGGGUGGUUCUACGGAAUUCCCUGACCAGACUUUCAGCGGUUCAUAUCAGAAACCCUGGAAGAAUGUCGCGUCUAAGGCUUUAUUCGACUUCUUCAAUUCCACUCAGCAGUGGUCGGGGACUUGGAGGAACACGGAUAGGGAGUUGAGAAUUGAUUACAUCAAAGUCUCGGCUCUGUAAUCGUCACGAAUGUUGAAUUCUCAUAUAAACUCUUUUUCACCCAAAUAAACCCACAUGGAAAUAUUUUUAUACAGAGAUAUAUCUCAUGCAUCUCAUAUAUAUAUAUGAAAACUAUAUGGAUACUGUUAAAUAAAUGUCUUUUUUAAUAAUUAA